CUUUAACUAUGUUUAUAGCACACAUUUGCCAUGGUAGUGUUUCAAUGCACUUCUGGAAUGUCACAAGUGUAGACCUAGAUAAGGUCUAAACUCUGUUAUCAUCAAUCCAAAAUGUCUGAUGGUCAUUAAUAAUUUCAGCCUGAUGAAGCUUGGCAUUGUCAUCUUGUUAUAUCCCCAUACAUGGUAUAUCCCCCAUGUCAUCAGCGAAGAAACAAUCCAUUGAUGGACUAACUUGAUCAUUCAGUAUAUUCAGGUAGUCAACAUUAUGAUGUUGCUGAACCUGGACCUGACCACUUGCAGCAACCCCAGAUUAUAGCGCUGCCCCACAGGCACUUGGUAUGAUUGGUGCAUCACAUCAUCUGCCUCUCUUCUAAUACUGAUGCGGCCAUCAGAUCACAAGACCUUCUUACAUCGCUCUAGAGUUCAAUCUUUAUACUCUCAUGCAAAUUGAAACUAUUUUUUCCAGUUAGCCUGACUGACCAAUGGCUUUGUUAUGUCUACACAGCCAUUGAGUCCUAAUCUCUUGAGUUCUUUUCACAUUGCGUGUGUGGAGAUGCUUUCUUUCACUGUUUGACAUCACCAAGAGUUUACUUAAUCAUGGUCAUUCAGGGGGGGUUUUCCAACCACAUUUCAUACUCAAACUCGAUGGCUCCCCACUUCUUUGGCUUUUUAAUAAUGUGUUAGACAGUUAACUGAGUGUUAUAAUUUGUGCAAUCUCCUCGGAUGUUUUCAUGCUUCAUAACAAUAAUUUGACCCUACAGAUUAACAUCUUCUACACAACCACGGAAUGCAUCUUUCCACAUGGUUGUUUAAGAUUGCAUCAGCUGGGGAUAAAUAACUUGUUAUCUGCUGGGGGACUCAGUUGCACUAAGGAGGCUUUUUUUUUAGGCCAGGCCAAUUUGGACUACGGUAAUUCAGAAGUAGUUUUGAUGUUGUUCCUCUGACGCUGAAAGAUAGAUUCAACCAAGACAGGUCAUUGGUGGUUUCUCCACUACUUUUUGGAAAAUCAAGGCAGGCUAUGAUGUAAUUGAUCCUACAGGGGGCAGCUUAAGGCUAUAGAGCUUUGAUACCUAAUCUAGUCAACUUCCUUCUUCCCAGUGUUUUACAAACGUUUAAAGUUGAAGGUAAACUCAGCAGUUCAUUGGAGCAACUCAUUCAUGUUUUAGUUCUGGCCAAAGUGUGUGAUCAAGCUCUUUGUCCUAAGAGUGACCAUAAGAAUGAAACCUUCAAAUAGCUCCCUGCGGGUCCAUGAGCAGACUAGGAGAGAGGGAUAACAGCGGGGUAAGGCGAGUCAAAGACCGCCAGACGCUCAUUCAUCACGGAGAGCCGUCCAUGAGGAAGUGCAGCUCACUGGAGCUGCGCUGUGCGGGAAGACAAGCCGCUCUGCUCGGUGCGGAGAUCGUGACCCAUCGAAAUGUGAUAAGAUGUCUGGGGGAUCAUGUCAGUGAUCAUGUGCCUUAUUGGCACCGAGCCGGUGGCUGCUGAGCCGUAAGCGACUGCAUGAGCCAUGGACAGCCGCAAGGAGAGCAACACAAGAAAACAGUCGAUGAAAUCCAAAUCGUCGAAGGAGCAGAAAUACAGAAGUGGAAAGUUCGUCAGGAGGAAAUCGCUGCGUUCUUUUGGGAAUUUCAUGGGAAGGAUCCUGAAAACUUUGGGCACUUUAGCGCACUUGGGCGACGCAGAGCCGCCGGACGCGGAGGAGGACGACGGCGGCUUCGUGCGGAGCGCCUCGGGCGGCUGCGAUUUCUCGCAGACCUCCAGGGAGGGAGCCGCGAAGAGGGGCUCCGCGGUGUCCUCCUAUCACGGCUCGGUGAAGGAGAGGCUGUCGUGGUGCUACGGCGACAAGACUCCCGGCGUGUUGGGACUGAAGAACCACGGGAACACCUGCUUCAUGAAUGCCGUGGUCCAGUGUCUCAGCAACACGGACCUGCUGGCCGAAUACCUCGGGCUGGGGCAGUACAAGUCGGAUAUUAGCAGCGGGAGGGCGAACGGUGAGGUGAGGGCGGAUGAGGCGCGGAGCUCCGAGGGUGAAGUAACCGAGCAGCUGGCGUCGCUGGUUCGAGCGCUGUGGACGCUGGACUACACCCCGCAGAUGUCUGGAGAGUUCAAGAGCAUAGUGUCAAAAUACGCCUCUCAGUUUCGGGGAAACUCUCAGCAUGAUGCACUUGAGUUUCUCCUCUGGCUGCUGGACAGAGUUCAUGAAGAUGCCAAUCCAACUCCUGACAACAACAGCAGCAGCAAGACCAAAGCCAGCAGUAAGGCAACCAAUGCGUCAGAGAAUCCUUCCAGUUUACCCAACACACAGCAGCCUCGGGGUCACCACAGCUUUGUCCAAGAACACUUUCAGGCUCAGUACAGGUCUUCCUUGACGUGCCCUCACUGCCUUAAGCAAAGCAACACCUUUGACCCAUUUUUAUGCAUCUCUCUACCGCUUCCCCUGCGACAGACCAGGCCGCUGUGUGUGACGCUGGUGUUCAGCACAAAGGGUCAGAGGUACCUGCGGGUGGGGCUUGCUGUGCCUCUGUUUGGUUCUGUAUCCUCCCUGAGAGCCAUGGUAGCAGCAGAAGGCAACAUCGCUCCUGAUCAGGUCAUCCUGUCCGAACUUUACUCCACCGGUUUCCAGCGUUCCUUUUCAGAUGACGACGACUUGACCGCCAUCGCCGAUAGCGACGUCGUCUACGCCUUCCAGGCUCCUCCAAACAGCAGUCGUGGAGGCUCUGUUCCUCACUCAGGGUAUCACCACAGCCUCCCAUCAUCUCCAUACUCCACCACAGGGCCCAAUGGUCAGAAGUUACCUGCAUCAGGACGACUCUCCUCAGAGUACCUGAAUCAGAGCAGCUCCUCCAAGGUUCUCCUGCUCAUGUGCAAUACAACUGGGUCUGGACAGCAAGCUGCCAGAUUUGGGCCUCCUUUUCUCAUGCUUGAAGACAGGAAUAUCUCGUGGGAGCAGCUGCAGCAGAGCAUCCUCAGCCAGCAGUAUUAUCUCAUGCUGAAUGGAUCUCAGGCUCAGAAUGCUGGCGUUGAAUUUAAGGUCAGAGUGGUUAGCGGAUCCGCAGCCUACAUCUACUUGUCCCCAAAGGACAGUCGACCAUUGUGCCACUCUGCAGUUGACAGAGCUUUAAAGUUUUGUGGACCAGGAGGACCUCCUCAUGUGAAGCUUGUUAUUGAGUGGGACCACAGCUCUAAAGAACGUCUGUUUGGCAGCAUCCAUGAGGAGGUGGUGAAAGACGCAGAGAGUGUGAGGAGCCAGCAGCAGCAACACCUGCAGCAGCACAAUUGCACCUUGGACGAAUGCUUCCAGCUUUAUACCAAAGAAGAACAGCUUGCUCCAGACGACGCCUGGAAGUGUCCACACUGUAAGCAGCUGCAGCAGGGCAUGGUGAAGAUGAGCCUGUGGACGCUGCCUGACAUCCUCAUCCUCCACCUCAAGCGCUUCCGUCAGGUUGGUGAACGGAGGAACAAGCUGUCUACCCUGGUUCGGUUCCCCCUGACUGCGCUGAACAUGGCCCCUCAUGUAGCGAAGAGUAGUCAAAGUAUGAAGAAUCUGCAUUCGGGGUCUUCUUCCUCUUCCCGGAAACAGCCGUCAGGCCAAACUCAUCAUCCUGCUGACUCACUCCUCCCGCAAGAUUGCCUGUACGACCUCUAUGCUGUGUGUAACCAUCAUGGAGGAAUGCAUGGAGGACACUAUACAGCUUACUGUAGGAACUCUGUGGAUGGCCAGUGGUACAGCUACGAUGACAGCAGCGUGGAUCUGGUGCCAGAGGACGAAGUGUGUACCAAGGGAGCUUACAUCCUUUUCUACCAGAAACGCAACGUUAUUCCUCUGUGGUCGGCCAGUAGCUCUGUUCGAGGAUCCAUACGUUCAUCAGUGUCGGACCACUGGCUAAUCAGACUAACAGGGGAGAGCAAGAGAGGCAGUUUGGUGUCUCCUUCCUCCAACAACAUCUCGUCUUUAUCAGACUCUGCAGAGCCUCCCGUGUUCCACAACAAAGACUUUGAAGAAGAAAGGGGUGGCUUUGAAAGCCGCCCGUUUGUGCGAGGGCUUCAGGGACGCAGCGUAAGUAUGAGAGUUCCCUCCAAGCCAAAAGAAAGCCUGAGCAAAAAGCUUCCUUUGCGCUGGUCCCUCGGUUCAAAAGAGAGACGAAAACCUGAGCAAAUGUCUCCUCCAACGCAAGACCCCGACCCUGCAGAGCUAGUGGAGUACUUAGAGUCUGGUCGACGACCCCGGUGCACCAAGGAUUCAAUAGUAAACCUGAUGAAUGAGUCGCGUAGCAGCAAAAAACCCUCUGUAGGUCGGGCAGCCAGUGUUCGAUCUGCAACUGUUGGCAGUAUGAGUUGUGUUGGUAAGAUGGAAGAGGAGCCACAUUACUCCCAGGUUCCAGAGGGUCAGAGAAGGCCGUCAGAACGAACAACAGAAAAGACAUCUGGGAAGACGGCCAGUCUGAGACGGAAAAAGGAAAACGUGGCAAAAGAAGAGAGCUCAGGGAAUAUGAGCGCUAGCUCUGGUAGCAACACCCUUUCCAAGAAGAAGGAGGGCAGGAGGGAGAUCUCUGCUAAAUCUUCACAAGAUUCAGAGAAAAAACUGAGUUCCAGCACCGGAGUCCGUCAUAGUUACAGCACAUCAAGCCUUCAGGAUGGAACUCUAAGAAGGCAAAAGGGAGACAAAGCGAAUAAGGAUCACCACAGCUCUGAAGCAGACAAGUCAAAGACAAUAAAAGACGAAGUGCCCAAGAGUCAAGACAGUUUCUUCUCGUUUCUAAAAGGCAACUUCCUAAAGAAGGAUAAGAACUCUAAAAAGUCCAAGGACGGUGAGUCAGAAAAAAAAGGUGGCGAGGAGAAAGGCAGGAGGACUUCGUCCAGGACGUCAUUACCUAACGGAGCAGCUGGAGGAAGAACUGGAGUGGAAGGAAGCAAACCAAAUAGUUCAGGCCGUCGGAUUGAUGAACUGGCAAACGGAAAGUUAGGACGCUCCACAGCUGACAUUAGAUGCUCGCAGAGCUCCUCUAACAUCCCCACCAAAACAGAGCAAAGCAUACGCAGGACAGCGUCCUUACAUCGUAAUGGGAUGUCCACAACGCCAGCACAACGUCUGACCACAGACAAACAGUCUUACAGCACUCUGCAGAGAAAUCGCUACAGCACACACUCGCUGGGCCGCAAGAAGACUGUCCCCGAGUCCAGCUUCUGACGCAGGGAGUCUUCUGCCGACGGAGAGCAAACAACUCACCGUCUUUUUGAUCAAAGCAAUAGAGCUUUACUUACAAUGAAGUGAUUUAGUGUUCCCGGAAAAUAAACAACUCAAAUAGUUUGCACAAUAAAGCUGAGAAACAUGAACUUGAAAUGGGAAACCUGUGGCCUCCCCAUUAAGACAUAUCAGUGGGAACAUAUUUUAUCAGUAAUAUAUAUAUUAUGUUUUUCUGAUUUAAAAGAAGUGCCUAAGCAACACAAAUGCAGUUAUAAUGAUUUAUUUUCGUCUAUCAUCCCGGACUAGCAGGAACUGGACUUAUUUCCUACUAAUGCAGUAUGAAUGUUGAAAGACAUCACUCCAUUUUUAACUGGAAUGGUUUAAUCAUCAGGGCACAAUGACUGUUCAUUUAUAAGAAUGUAUUUUCUCUACUUGAUUAACAGCAGUGCUUUGAGUUUGUGUUUUCUGAUUAUUGUUAAAUAUUAUUUGAUGAAACCUUUAUGCAUCGAAUCAUCUCCAUGUGGUUAACAAUGCGGGUGUGAUUAUUCAGUGCUUUAACCUUCAGCGAUUGCCUACUGUGAAGAAAGAUUAAUAUAUGAUGUAACUAAGAUUGAUUUUUUUUUUUAAAAAACAUAACACUAUAUUUUUUUCAGGACUUGAGCUGCUGCUUUUUUUCCUGUAACCCCUUCAUGAUGUAUUUUGUUCAUAAUUCAGUGUUUUGCUUGAACUCUAAAAUCUUUUGAUGCAUACAUUCAUCUGUGGGAGUACGGUGGUGAAGCACCUGGAAGAGACGGAGAGUUUUUUCCCCGUCUUUGCUCAAAAUGCAGAAAUGUAGUUAGACUAGUUCUUUGUUUACUGCUGAUCUUAUUUAUGGUGGUAGAAAAUUUACCUCUUUCAGCCUUAUUCCAUUAAAUAUUCCAGUGAAUAUUCCUCUAAAAUAGCUUAAAUUGUUUUUGUUUUUUUGCAUUCUGCAGCAGAAAACUGUCAGCAUCUCAACUGAGAGAAACAGAGACGAGAUUUGACACCAAAACCUAAGACGUUUAAGUUUAUUUAAUGUUUCUGUAUAAAUCAUUCCAUGCACUAUUUUCACAUGAUUUUACAUUUGCUUUUGCUGCAUCCUUGUCAUACAAACUAAGUAAAUGGCUGGAGAUACUGCAACAGUUAAAAAAAACAAAAAACAAUUUCAAACCUGUUUUAGCCCAAGCCGAAUCUAAAAAGAAGAAAUUCGCAUUGGUACACAUCAUUUUAUAAAACUGUUUCCAUCAGUUUGUGCACCUUCCUCCUGUACGUCAUCAAAGUAGCAAAAAUCCUGAUAGAUUUGCACUGCAGCCCUUGGGCAACUGGUUCAAUCGUCAGUGUUUUUUCAUUUAAAGGAAGAAGAAAUCUGUUUAAAUCUCUGUUUUGAAUACUAAUAACAGUGUUUUGCAUUUAGUGUAAGCUCAAGGGUGCUGCUGUCAAUUCAGACAAGUUUGAUGUUUGAUGUCCGACAACUUUUUCCUGUAUUUACCUGGAAAAUGUUCUAACAUAUUUUAACUAGCUGAAAAUAUGUAAUCAGUUGUGUAACCCAAAUAUUUCCUUUUAGACACUAGUUACCCUCCUCAAGAUAUUAAUUUUACAUUUAUUUUAAUACAUUAAAACUCCAAAGAGCAGCCAAAGCAUGGCUAAUGGUGUAGCUGAUUUUUUUUUAUUUUGGAAAGCUAACCGUUUUAUCUCAGUCUAAUAUUCUUUAGGCUUAGUUAGAGCAGAGAUGGGACAAAGCUAAACAUAAAAAGCACUUUGAACUCCAGAGUGGGCAUCUGCCAAGUAGCCAAAUUGUCGAAUCAAGAAGGAUUUUCAAAAUAUGUUUUUUUUUUGUUUGUUUUUUUAUUUUAUUUAUUUAAUGAAAAGUCUUUAUGUUUUAGAAUAAGAGAAACAAACACAGGAAAAAUGCUCAAAGCCGUUGUUGACAUUAUUGUUAAUAUUAUCAAACUGAAGGCCUGGGGGCCAAAUCCGGUCCGCCACAGCUUUUUAUUUGGCCCUCUGAACAUAAAAGAACACAUAAAUAGUUUUCAAGAUAUAGCUUUGUGCGUAAACAUUUUAUUAAUCAAAUCAAGACAUUUUUUAUCUGUAUACUCAAAUAUACAGAUUUUUAUUCAUAUUUUAACAGUUGGUUAGCGGGUGGUUUGUCGAUGUAUUCUGCUAUAACCGGCCCCUUAAGGACAUUCAUGAUCUUGAUAUGGCCCAAAAUGAAAAUCAGUUUUUCUCUCCUGCUCUACAUAUUCACUUCACAUGUGUACAAAACAAGUGUUAUUUAAAAAAAUACUUUGUAAAACGGCAAACAAAAUUAAGCUAUUUAUUUCUGUUUGGAAAGAAAACUCUAACAUUUUGUAGUUUGAUUUAUUUCGACCAUGCAAUAAAAGAAGAAAAUAGAACAAAACUGAUCAAUACUGAACAAAACUUUUUCUUCACCCUAAUUACUUCCAUCCUUGUCUAUUAGAUUGCCACCAGAAAUCCUGUAAUACUUGUGAUUAGAAAACAGAAUCAGCAUUUUAAAUAUCUGGAGCAUUGCCAAACAGUGUUGGGCUAAAUAUUCUCUCAAGACAUUUAGAGCUCAUGUUUUUUUGUGUGUGUUUUUUUUACUGUUUACCCUUUCCUCUCAGUGAUGAACAUUUAUAACAUACAUUUGAAGUUUAAUUGAAACAGAAACGAUAAAAACACACAACAUAAAAAUGGCACUGAUUUUAUUUCUAGCACAAAAAGCCAAAAUGUGCAUUUGAAAAGUGGACCUUAAUGUCUUUGUUAAAAAUAAAAAAAAAGUGCCUACUUUUUCAAAGUAGGCACUUUUUCAAAUGUUCCACUCUGAAAAGCAUUUUGAAAAAUCUUGUGAGAAAGUGUUUUGUGAAUCCUGCAUAACGAAGGAUUAGUUUCUCACUCUGACUGGAAUUUAUCUCAAGAGAAAGACGAGUUUUUCUUGUGUCGUCUAAUUUCUACUUUCCUGAUAUCAACCUGCUUGGUUGGAAAGUAGGGCAUGAAGAUUGUGUUUAUAAGGAGUACAGAAUAUUUAAAGUCGGCUAACACAACAAAGGAAAACAAAGAACUAAGUGAAUGUUAUAGUGACUUGUAGCUGCACUGCAUCAGUGUCAAACUCCAUCUCAGUCUGCUGCUGUAGACGUAUCUGCAAUUCUAACAUUUUCUACCUGGAACCUCCUCACCUGACAACUUAAUGCCAGAUAGCAGUUUCUAUUUCAAACAGGAAAUAUGUUUACCAUCUUUUUUUUUUUUUACACAAAGAACACCAAACACCAGCCUCAGUAAAAUAUGAAGUAUUUAUGACCAUGAUGUAGUUUGUAUGGAGCACAACAUUCACAUUGUACAUUGCUGAGAAAAUUUUUUCCACCUUGCAGAUUUCUUUCAUGUUUUCUGUUUUUUGUCACCUUUACAAGUUUCAAAUCAUCAGAAACAUUUUAUCAGAGAGUGACAAUCUAACUAAAUGCAAGUAGUUUUCAAAUAUUGUUUUAUUUAAUAAGUGAAGUUAUCCAAACCAACUUGGUUCUGUAUAAAAAAGGGAUUGUCCCCCUUGUUAUAACUUGAAUUAACUUUGAUUGGAAUCACUUAAACGCACUGAUCUGACAUGAAGUAGGCUGAAAUAUCUCCAAAAUCAAUAUAUAAUACUCCAAUCUACAGAAUUUAUUAAAUAAUAAGGAACUGAUUUACAGCAUCUGAUUUACACCUGGAGUUUGAGGCACAGUGAGAGUUUUUAUCCACAAAUAAACAAAAUCUGUCCAAGAACGCAUUGAAAAGUCACACUCAUCAUUUGAAUAGUUUCAAAGGUAAAAAAACAAACUUCUGACAAAAAACACAAAAGACUAGUCACACGUUUGCCAAACUACAACGUAAUAAUCCUGAUUACGUUGUAAUUUAUUACAUUUGUUUUACAUUCUAAAACAAAUGAGAUAUUGUUUUAGAACGUAACCCUGCUUCAAUUUAUAAUUUAUGGAUUUAUAAAUUCUGCUGUCUACCAGAAAACACAGAAGAGAAUUACAGGGUGAGAGUUAUUGGGUGUAUUAUGCAAUAAUUUUAUUACACUGGGCCCACUUGGUUUUUAUGGUGUAUUUUUUCCUUAAAAGCUGUAUUUUGAAUUUACUUAGAUUACUUUUGUGUGAUUUUAAGAUUUUUUUCAAUGUUUUAAAAAACCUUAACUGUGACCAAAAAAGUAAAGAGAAGAAAUCUGAAGAUGGGAUAUUUUUUCAUGCCACUUUUUGUGUGAUUAUGAUUAAUACCCAGGUACAAUUGUAGCUGCUGCAGUCGAUGAGACUGCAAAUAUCUUUGCACGGGCAUUCAUUUUUAGUUUUCAUUUUUAAAAAUAAUUCUUUGAAUUUGCUUGACUUGAACUUUUAGAAUGAGAGGUGUCUUUUGAUAUCUUAAAAGUUUGUUUUCAAUAUAUAUAUAUAAAAAAAGUCAUUAAAUACAUGAAGUUGUUUCAUGUGAAGUACUUCAAAUUCUUGUUUAUUAAAUGGUGGUUUGGUGUAAACAAAUUUCCUUUGCAGUUUGUAUUAAAUAGUUUGUAGAAUCUGAUUCCUAACUCUGAACUUUGAAAAUAAGAUUAUUGCAAUAGUUAUAACUUUGUCUAAAUAAAUCAGUAUGUAAUAUUACGCAUAGUGUGAUGAUUGUUGAAAUAUGUUGACAAAUGAACAAAUAUCUGAACUCUAAAAUGGUGACUUUUUAGAUUCUUUACUGGUAUGAUUGUUUCUUAAUCUGCAGAACAUAAGGGCUCUUAAAAUCUGAUCAUUUUGUCUUUUAUAUAUAUAUAUAUAUAUAUAUUUUGUCAUUUUAUUGUGAUACUGUUGUGGUGAUUAAUCAUCAAUUUGGUCAGUUAGGCAGUGGUACCAUUGUGUUUAUUUUUUAAAGAUUGUGAAAAAGAUUUAUUUUUGUAAAAUUUUGUACAUCUUUGAUAAACGGAUUUAUGAAAGUACUACUGCAACGAUGUAAACGUUACUGAAAAUACACGAUUAAACCAGA